AACACACGCACCCCCACGCUCGCCACCACCACCCCCCUUCCCUAAGCAGCCGUUUGAAACUCAAUGGACCGAUUUCUUGGGUUUCACUGACUCACGUCUUCCCCAAGAUGAGAAAUUGCAAAAUGGCCCGGGUGGUUAGUGCACUGGGGCUAGUCAUGCUCAGCGUCGCCUUGCUGAUUUUAUCUCUGAUCAGCUAUGUGUCCUUGAAAAAGGAUAACAUCUUCACGACUCCCAAGUACGCCAGCCCGAGGGUGCCCCGAAUGUAUAUGUUCCACGCGGGAUUUAGGUCACAAUUUGCAUUGAAAUUUCUAGACCCAUCAUUUGUACCCAUUACGAAUUCUCUGACCCAGGAACUCCAGGAGAAACCAUCUAAAUGGACAUUUAACCGAACAGCAUUUUUACGUCAAAGGAAAGAGAUUCUUCAACAUGUCGAUGUAAUAAAAAAUUUUUCUUUGACAAAGAAUAGUGUUCGGAUUGGACAGCUGAUGCACUAUGAUUAUUCCAGCCAUAAAUAUGUUUUUUCUAUUAGCAAUAACUUCCGAUCACUGCUUCCAGAUGUGUCACCCAUUGUGAAUAAGCAUUAUAAUAUUUGUACUGUCGUUGGAAAUAGUGGGAUCCUGACAGGGAGCCAGUGUGGACAAGAAAUAGAUAAAUCUGAUUUUGUUUUCCGUUGCAAUUUUGCCCCCACCGAGGCAUUUCAAAAAGAUGUUGGAAGGAAAACCAACCUUACCACUUUCAACCCUAGCAUCCUGGAAAAGUAUUACAACAAUCUUUUGACCAUUCAGGAUCGUAACAACUUUUUCCUCAGUUUAAAAAAGCUUGAUGGGGCAAUCCUCUGGAUCCCUGCAUUUUUCUUCCAUACUUCAACAACUGUUACCAGGACACUAGUUGAUUUUUUUGUCGAGCACAGAGGUCAGUUAAAAGUCCAGUUGGCUUGGCCUGGAAAUAUAAUGCAGCAUGUCAACAGGUACUGGAAAAACAAACGGUUGACACCCAAACGGCUGAGCACAGGUAUUCUUAUGUACACCCUUGCAUCUGCAAUGUGUGAAGAGAUCCACUUGUAUGGAUUUUGGCCAUUUGGAUUUGAUCCCAACACCCGGGAAGACCUUCCUUACCAUUACUAUGACAAAAAAGGAACCAAAUUUACAACCAAGUGGCAGGAGUCCCACCAGCUUCCUGCCGAGUUUCAGCUACUAUACAGAAUGCAUGAGGAGGGACUGACCAAACUGACUUUGUCACAUUGUGCCUAAGAACUUCAAACUCUAAGUGCCAAAUGAUUGUUUUAAAAGUGCCCCAAACCAAAUUGAAUAUUCUUCAAAAGUAGAGCCCUUUUAGGGUCACAUGUUUACUAAAACUAUUUUCCACAGCUUAAAAAGUCAAGAUGUUCUCUAUUGCCCUGCCCACUGGUCUUCAAGAAUCUUAGCACAUUUAGCAAGGCCAACAAAAACUCCACUUUUUUGAGAUGUAAGAACCUUUAAGGAAUUGAUGAAAGAAAUUUUAAAUUUAUAAAUAUGCUAUUAAAUAUGUUUUAAAGUAUUUUCAUAUUGAUAUUUUAGCAGCAAAGAAACAGCUGUCUAUUUUAAGCAUUCUGUGCUAAGUAGAACUAGAGAUAGUGUUUUCCUGAGCUCUGCUCAGGAUAUGGGCAGAACUGAGACAAGGCACCUAAGGAGAGAUUUGAAAAUACCGCCCUUCACUGCUUCAUUAGAGAAUUUCAGCCCCCCUCUCCCUAUCUCCAUGUUAUUUUACAUCAGAAACUUGGAACUGUCAGGGUAAUACAUAGGAUUACUUUACAUAAAAUAAACACCUGGAGAGCAGAAUUUUCUGUGAUUCCAAGUAUGUGCAUAUAUAUAUAUAUGUAUAAGCUAAUAUUAAAAAUUUGCCUUGGUGCCCAUUUCUUCCCUUCACAUUUCCUCUAGGCCUUCCCCUUUUCUACCCAGAGCCCUAGUUCAGCCUAGCAUCAUAUUACUGUGGUUAAUUUAAGAGGGAUCUCUAUUUAACAUUAUGUUCAGACCCUUCAGAUUGGUAAUAGAGAAAAAACUGAUUUCCAUAGCCUAUUUACCUCUCUCUCUGUCUCUCUCUGUCUCUCUGUCUCUCUGUCUGUCUCUCUCUGUCUUUCUCUCUCUCUGUCUCUCUCUGUCUCUCUCUCUGUUUCUCUCUCUCUCUCUCCUAUGUGAGAUUUUCUUUUGCUUGUUUAAUUGCUUUUUCCCACUGUGGGUUGCCUGUUUGCUUGAUGCAUUCAUGACAUUGAGUAAUUUUGAUGCUUCCAUCCAAUUUCUUUUCAAACUGAAUAAAUUAUAAUACCUUUAUGUUACCUUAUUUUUCUACAGAAAAUAUCCCAUUAUAUUUGCUCAUGUGCUGGGAUCCACUGCAGGUCAGAUCAUGAGCUCUGAAUUUAAAGUAACAUAUGAUAUGUCUCUCAUUGUUUAUUACAGAGGAAGCUAAAGACAUGAGUGGCUUCUUGUACUUGAUUGGCAUAAUGGUAAUUGAUUCUGUAAGGGACCAAGGGCAUUUAAACCUGGGCUCCAUUUAAAAUCUUUUAAGCCAAACUAGGCAGUGAUUCUGAGAGAUUCUCAGAAUAUAGUCACAGUUAUAUUUGGAAUUUAGGCCUGUGAGAUGGAAGAUUAUUUAUUAGCACACAAUUAGUCCAAAGAGUCUUCACGCGAAACUACUUUCUCACAUGAACUGCUCUUUUUGGGGCUACAAGAUCAUUAGUUUGAUGAUCUCUAGAACAAGGAAUGUUGGAGAGUGGUAGAAAGGAAGAGUUUUUUUUUUUUGGACUCGAUGCUUCUCCCAAGGUCACCCAAGACCCAGAUCCUGAAUGUUCAGUGUUCAAAGUAGUGUUAAGUCUAUGGACUCUAGUUGACAGUUUUUCAUGGCUAUCAUCUCAUAAAUGACAAUUUUGUCUCAAGAGAAGUGUGGAUUCCUGGUAUUUCUUUACCAAGUGAAGUCUUGUGCACCUCUGGGUCUUGUAUACCUCGUUCCAAUAGAUCCAACCAAAUCAGAUCUAUUAUAGCUAUAAUUCAUGAAGUA